CAGAACGCGGAUCGAAUGCUGACAUAAUAAACCGGCUUGAGGAGCUUCUGCUAUAUAAGGAUCUGUAUCCUAAAAUGUUCGUGAAGCUUAAAAAGGCUGGAGGUGGAGUGCUCCACAUGGGAUGCACCCAUGGCGUUGUGUAUUAAACAUCACCUUUAUGGUGGCAAGAGUCAGCUCGGGAUCACGGAGAUGCUCUGUUGAGUUUUAAACAUCCUCCCACAGUGUACAUAUCUGACAUCGCAGGACGUGUUGCCAGACAUGUGAACAACCGUACACAGCAGAAAAUGUUCCAUCCUCAUGAUGGAAGGAUAUGUGAACCAACAGAGGAAAACAUCUCUUUGGCAACAGCUGGGGAAUUGAGUUUUAAUCCUGACUGGGUCAAAAAUAUCAAGAUGAAGAGAAGACUCGCCCAUAAGCAAUCUGCAGAGGACAGAAUUUCUAGCUUACACCCUGAAACUGGAACAUCAGAACGCUUCGCAUUCUAUGAUAGGUUUCAUCAGAAGAACCAGAAACGACCCGAGGAGAGACUGCGAAGUCUGAAACUGAUUCCAGAACUGGCUUCUCUAGUGAACUCGUCAGAAGCGGAACAAGUUAAUAGAGAACUGUCCACAAGUCGGUAUUCACUGUGCCAAAUGAAAGACACACACUACAUGUUUUCACUCCGCCUGUACUUUCAUCUACACAUGAAAGAAAAAAUUCAUCCUUUUUAAAGGAAAUGCAGAAGCGUGCAGCAGAAAACAUGCACAUAGGAAUAGAUGGCAAACUGUUUUAUGGCCAAAAAGGUAAGAAUGUGAAUGUUAAGUGCUUGUUUAAUUUUAGUACAGUUUACCAAAUGUUUAAUGAUUGUCAACAGUGGAGUCAUUUAAAAUAAGCUGUUGUUCAUAGACCAAAACAUAAAUAUGUAUAAAUGAUUACAGAGACACACACAAGACCAAUGGAAACACAGGGCACACCACAAGGCCAAACGGGUGCAGAAGAGACAGGGGUGAAUUUUUCUGUGGCAAUGUUCCCAGUUGAUCCUUCCAACAAGGAAAAAAUCUCCAAACUUUACGCUGUACAGAGGAGAGAAGAGGACACCGUUGCCAGAAUUUCUCCCUAUGCCAUUUUGUCUCUCCGGGAUCUGAAAACUAUUCUUCCCCCACAUCUCCUGACUGAAAGCAGUAGUACAGCAAUGCCCUGGCUAACCGACAAUGUAAGCAUUAUAUGUUCUAAAGAUUUUAGGCUUAAUGUUAUCUAUAAAAAGAAUAUAUUUAAUUUUAAAUGUAUCACCCCACAUAGAAGUUGUUGUAUACAGUAUUUUUAACAGAUAUUACAUUAUUUUGCUUUAAAGGUUGUAAAUUGCCGCAUUGAACAAAUUGCACUACAGGCCAAUGAUGUAAGUUAUCUGGAACCUUUUGAGUAUGGUAUUUAAAGACGAAGCUAUUUAUAAGUAUUGUGAAGUUUUACAUUUCUUCUAUUUUCAGGUUUUGGCUUUGGACACCAACACAUAUAUAUUGUGGUACAGGGACUGUGCGGGGGUAAAAGGAGAAGUGACAGUUGAACAUUUGAAACGACUUCAGAAUGCUUCAAAUCUACAGAAAGUCCUUAUACCUAGGGUGGUUGGAUUAAAAGAUAACCCAGAGUUGGGAUGUCACUUCAUUCUUUGGGUUUUUGAUCUUGCUGAAAAAGAAAUUCGAGUCUACGACAACACCAGACGAUAUAAGACAAUUUCAGCAGAGGACAUGGUCAUUUUAAAAAAUGAGUUUAGAAACGUUGACAAAUUGGAUGGCUGGACUGUGUCCAGUCCGAACCAAUGGCAGAGAGAUGACGGAAGGAACUGUGGUGUUUUUGUAUGCACAAUGGCAGAGAUGGAAGCAAAAAAUAUUAAAAUGAAUAAUGAAAGGCUCCACAACAAACAGUUGGGCUACCUUCGACUUUACCAUGCCUCAUACAUGGUGAGAAGACUGCAACCUCAGAACUUUCCUCGCGAGGUUGAUGGAACAAAAGAGAAAAACAGUGUUGAAUCAAAGAGUGCAGCACAAAACAGUUGUAUGGCCCAGGAAGCAGAAGUUUGCCUUUACCAAACAAUUAAUUCAAAAAAAAUGCAUCCACAUGUCAACACACUGAACUGGAUUCAGUGCGACCAUUGCCAAAAUUGGCUGCAUGCAGACUGUGCUGGCAUCACACUUGAAAAUAUCACAGAGGAAACACCAUUCAGUUGUGGCUGUGAAACCAGUCAUGUGUAUACCUUUGAGAAGACACUGGCACUCUUGAAGGAGGGCUUAAUGGUUCACCUUGUAAUAGAAGAUAAUGAGAUCUUGGAAUUACACGAAGGCUUGAGGAAUGGCACUAUACUGUCCAACAGAAUGUUUUUAUUUUUACAUCCGACAUUUGCCCCCAAGCUUAAGAUGAAGCUUAAUGAAAAGUUGAGUUUUUUUAAGAAAAACAGGUAACACUUCCGUUUAUAUUAUUUGCCUUUUGUAUUUGCCUAUUAUUUGCCUUUUGAUACCCUUUCUACAAUGACAUGUUUGUGCAUUUGCUUUAUUAAUAAUGUUUUACAUGUUGGCAGACUUCAAAUAUAUAGUACAUGUUAGCAGACUAAUAUAUGUACAAUUAUUAAAAUGAUUGCUUUUUAACAGACAGAGGCAAUAAUAGAAAGAGUGUAUGAAGUCACACAACUGGCUAGAGAUUCCAUGGAGAAUACGUCCUACAUUCUGGACGUUAUGACCCCUGAGGUAACCCUCAUUAUUCUCCACAAGACUGAGGGCUUUCACAGGUACCAGGGAGAAAUGGCAUUACAGUCAAACAUUUCUUUGGAGGUGCAAUGUACUAAUCCACCAUGGUUCUAAUUGAACGUCAGCAAGAAUCUUUUCCCAACCCUUUUUGAGGAGAUGGGAUUUCAUAAAUAGGUUUCAUGUUACAUAUGUAAAAUGUUAUGUAAGACAUGUAAAAUAUUAUAGUAUCAUUGUAUGUUACUGCUGUAACAAUAUAAAUAACUUGACUGUAAUUUCAAAUAAAUACACCCUGUGGGGGAAGUUGCUGAGAUUCACUGGGGGGACUAAGAUAGUCAAACACAAUAAAUAUAUAUACUUUUUUAAACAUUACAUGUAUAUAACAUUUGUAAUAUACUUUUGCUUGCUAUUAAAAGUUUUUUUUCCAUACUGGCUGUGUACACCACCAAACAUGUUGAAAUGAUAUUAAGCACUUUAAACAAAUUUUAUGUAGUAAUUGGUUUUAUAAUUUUUAUCUAAUACAUUUAGCUUUAAGGAAACCGUAUUUAUAUAUCAUAUUUUAAUACAGGAAAGCAGCCCAAAGUGAUGAACGCAAGGAUAAUAACACAGCGAAAUAAAUAGCAUAAACAACAUAAAAAUAAGACUUUAAACGCUGUGUAAAAAAGCUCUUAAAGAAAAUACUAUAUGGCGCAUUCGUUGUCAAAAUACAAAAGUGCGCAUGCGUGUUACAACAUCGCGCUACAGGCAGGGACCUUAAACAGUGACAGGCAGCGAAGCAGGAGUGAGUGGUCUCCUGGCAGGCACGUAAAACAGCGACUGGUCGCGAGGCAGGCACGUAAAACAGCGACUGGUCGCGAGGCAGGCACGUAAAACAGCGACUGGUCGCGAG